AUGGACAAGGCGUUGGAAGGCGUGAAGAUUCUGGACCUGACACAUGUGCAAGCAGGACCUUCCUGUACGCAGAUGCUCGGGUUUCUGGGGGCGGAUGUCAUCAAGCUGGAAGAUGUGUGGGGCGGCGACUCCACACGCAAGGACCUGCGCCAUAGCGAGGACUCCGACAGCUUUUACUUCCUGAUAUUCAACAACAACAAGCGCGCCGUCAGCAUCAAUCUCAAGACCGAAAAAGGCAGAGAGCUGUUCACAGGGCUGCUGAAGUGGGCGGACGUGCUUGUUGAAAACUACUCUCUCGGCAUGCUGGACAGGCUGGGAUUCGGCUGGGAUGUGAUGCACGAAAUCAACCCCGGCUUAGUCUAUGCAGCAAUCAAGGGUUUCGGCAGCUACGGGCCGUAUGCGGAGUACAAGGGCUGGGAGAUGGUGGCGCAGGCGGUCGGCGGCGCGAUGGCUACCACAGGCUACCCCGACAGGCCGCCGGUGUAUCUGUCGCCGGGCGUCGGUGAUUCUGGUAGCGGACUGCACGCCGCUAUUGGUAUCCUCGCUGCAUUACGCAAGCGUGACAUAACGGGCGAGGGGCAGCGCGUGGAGGUUGCGAUGCAGGACGCUGUCGUGAACCUGAUGCGAAUGCAGAUGACGCCGGUUCUGGGACUGAAAUUGCCGGAGGCGCGGCGCGGCCAUCGAGCGGGCAGGGGGAUUCCCCUAAUUUACCCUUGCGCUCCGGGCGGCGAUGAUGACUACGUCAUGAUAUUCCCGCGCGGCGAGAUGUGGGAGUUGCUAUUCGUAGCGAUGGGCAGGGAGGACCUGAUAGGCGACGAACGCUUCGCCGACUACGACUCUGUGGCGCAGCACGCAGACGAGAUCGAGUCGAUUAUCUCGGAGUGGACGCGCAAGCACACCAAGCACGAGGCAAUGAAGAUUUUAGCGGGUGCGGGAGUGCUCGCGGGGCGACCAUGA